GGCACACUCACCUGGCACAAUGCAACAGUUGCAACUGGCAUGUACCAGUACAACAUACGCGGGUACAACAUAACUAAGCCAGAUGCCAGAUAAAGAUUAAGUGGACCUAUUAGAUUGUCACCAUUAUGAAGAGGAUACUCCUUGUUGGUGGUGGUCUCACAGCGGCCUCCACUGCCUCUUUGCUCAGACAGUCUUUAGGACAGCAAGCUGAGCUGGUGCUUUGGGAUAAGGCUAGGGGAGCAGGUGGCCGAAUGAGCACCAGUAGAAGUCCUAAUGAUGGGGUGUGUACUGCAGAUCUUGGAGCACAGUACAUUACAGCCACACCAAGCUAUGCUGAAAGUCACAAGAAGUAAGGGGAUAGGGAUAGGAUUAACUUC